AUGGUGGACUACAGCAAGUGGGAUAAGCUGGAGGUGAGCAGUGAUGAGGAAGAGGAAGAAGGCACAACAACACGGACGCAACCCUCCGUGUACCGUGUUGGGCCUUCUGGGUCCGUGACCAUCCCCGGCAGGAACGUCACCGUCCACUCGUCGUCUUCGUCUUCUUCUUCAGCGCCGUCAUCAACGUCAGGCGGCCGCGCCAUGUCAGGGACUGGAGCCACUGGGCAGAAGGCCAUCGCCGCACCCAAGACUCUCACCAGCAACGGCGGGGCUAUGAGCACAUCACAAGCUGGCAGCAGCAGCGGAACUGGCGGCGAGGUGAAGAGCUUGGGCGAACGGCGGGAUGUGGUGGUGGACGUGACGCUGGACACGCUGACCCGAAACGGCGCAGAAACGCCGGCCUACUUCUGGUCCCAAACGAGCAACACGGUGCGCAUCUCGUUUGUCCUGGAGAACAAGAGCACCCGCGCCAAGGACGUGACGGUGCAUGUGGACUCGGACACGGGCGAGUUUGACGCCAGCGCUGAUGGAUGGGCGUACAAAGGCACACUGUUUGGGCCCAUUGCACCCUUGGAUGAGCCAGAGGACCUCGAUUGGAGCCUCGCCACCGUCAAGCUGCAGCGCAGCAAAGAGGGGCAACAGCAGCAGAAACCACAGGAGCAGCAGAACAAGCAGUCGUCAGCAUGGGAGGGCGAGGGGCUGCGCCUGUUGCAGGUGGACCUGGUGAAGAAGGACCUGAGCGGCAUUGUCAUGUGGUGGAAGAGCGCGUUCAAGGGGGACCCGGAGAUUGACACGACUGCCAUCGCAGACCGAUCGAAACAGCAGGAGGCUGCGUCAGCCACUUUUGCAGACAACUUCAAGAAGGCGCAGGAGAUGUUCCUGCAACGCAUCCGCAGCGGCGAGGCGCGCCCGCCACCGCUCGACAUUGGCAGCUUCACCAUGGACACAGACCACGACGACGCAGACGAUGAUGCAGACGAUGCAGGCGAUGGGGAUGAGGAAUGA